GGGCUAUCCAGAGGAGUUUCACUGCAUUCCUCUCUGCAGCUCCACCCUCCCAGAGGCAAACUGCCAAGCGUUCGAGCCAAGCGUGUAAGGGUGGAAGAGAUAAAGAGAGAGAGAGAGAGAGAGAGACAGAUGAUGUGGGUGGGACUGGUGGUCGUGCGUAAGGAGUGAGUGUUUGUGUUUGGUUGUGUGCGAGUGUGUGCGUGUGUGUGUGCCUCUCCGCCAUUGUGUGUUUUAUAAACACCACUCAGAGGGGAGGGGGAGGGCGUGGCAGGACCUGAACGACGGGACCCCAGAUCAGCUUCAGAGACUCACCAUGGCCUGCCCAGAGAAAACCCCCCUCCAAUCAGCUUCACCAGAAGGGCAGGACCUCAAGAGAGGAAGUAGCUCCAUGUUGACUGAUUGGUGGAUCUCUGGUUGGAGUCCCGCCCACUGCCCCUGCUGCGCGUCUGAUUGCGUGGAGCCGAUGGUGCUGCUACAGCUGGGAGAGGGAAUGGAGUCAAACACCAAGAGCUGGAUGAUGAGGCUCUUGUCCAGGCCGCAGACUCAAGGAGGUGCUGGCCUGCUCGUUCACCCCGGUGAGGACGACUUCAAUGAUGUCCUGCUGCUCUCGGCUCCCCGCUGCACUCUGCUGCAGGCCACUGAGGAGCUGGGGCUCUGUAGGCCUGACCACGAUGGCAACAUGGCCACCUUCUCCUACCACAACAAACAGCUCUUCAGACACUCAGACAACAUGCAGGAGUUUCUUACUCUGGCAGAGCGUCAGUUUAUUGUGAAAUGCGAGCUGGAGUCUCUCAGAGCGCUGGAGGUCCAACGUAUCCCAGGAGUCCCUGCCCAUCUGGGACAUCUCAAGUUCAGGGAAAAUGUCUUUCAGACAAUGCGAAAGGCUGGUCUGAUAAUGGACAUGAUCCCCUUGCAUAACCAGAAGCAGCUUGUCGCUCUGAGGAAGGAGUGGUACUCACACACACGUCUGUGGGGACAGCCACUGGAGUCUAUUCAGUCCUACUUUGGUGGUUCUGUGGCGUUCUACUUCAGCUUCCUGGACUUCUACACGCGCGCUCUGAUGCCCAUGGCUCUACUGGGUGGCGUGUUGGCACUGAUGCCACCCGAGACUCGCAAGGGCACCGCCAUGGAAGACACAGAGGAGCCAGAGCCGGAGUCGGAUUCGGAGUGGGUGUCACCAGGCGGGCUGGUCAUCAUGGCGAUGAUGAGCAUGCUGUGGUCCACAGUCCUGCUGGAGUUGUGGAAGCGUCGGAGCUCAACUCUCGCUUACCACUGGGGGACCAAUCGACUCACAGAGCGCUUUGCAGAGCCACGGCCGUCCUUCUAUGGCGAGCUGGGCGUCAAUCCGGUGACGGGGCGCCUGGAGCCGCUCUUCCCUGCCUGGCAGCGGCAGCUGCGACUGGCCCUGGUGUCAACGCCCCUGGUGGGGAUGUUCCUGGGGCUGGUUGUGCUGGGCAUGACUGGGUUCUACUGGGCACAGAGCAGGGCACAGGACUGGCAUGAAAGCAGCCAGUCACUGAUUAGCAUGGCCCUGCUCUACAUGCCGUCUGUGGCCCACAUAGUCUACACCAACAUUCUGGGCACAGCCUAUGGCAAAGUGGCACUGAGACUAACUGAGUGGGAGAACCACAGAGAAGAAUCAGCCUUCCAGAAUCACCACACCACCAAGGUUCUUGUGUUCACCUUCUUUAACUGCUUUGCGGUGCUCUUCCACAUUGCUUUUGUGAAGCAGGACCUGCCUCUACUACAAAAGCGUCUGGCAUCCCUUUUGAUCGUGACCCAGCUAAUAAAUCAGGUAUCAGAGGUGGUUGUGCCGUUCAUCAUUGAUCACUUCCUCAACCCACCCGAGCGCAAAGAGGAAGACGACGACCCUGAAGCUGAUGCCAUACUUGACCAGAGCAACCUGCCCCCUUUCCCUGGUCUGUUUUCUGAGUACAUUGAGCUGCUGGUGCAGUUUGGCUACCUGAGUCUGUUCUCGUGUGUAUACCCUCUGACUGCUCUCCUCCUGCUGCUCAACAACCUCACUGAGCUCCGCACUGAUGCCUACAAGAUCUGCAAGCUCUUUCGGAAGCCCUUUGCCCCACCUACAGCAGGCAUUGGUGUCUGGCAGGCAGCGUUUGAGAUUCUGGGUUUUUUGUCAGUCAUGUCAAACUGUUGGCUACUGAUCAUGUCACCACGGUUACAAGAAUUCUCUCAGGAGGUGGGGUUGAACAGCACACAGAUCCUUGUACUGGCUGUACUAGUGGAGCACAUUCUCAUACUGGUGAAAUUGAUAGUGGCCUUCCUCAUUCCGGACGAGCCAGACUGGGUGAGGAUCCAGAGAGAAAAGGCUGAGUUCCACUCCAUGCGAGCCCUAGGCCAGCAGAAGCUCUGAGAUCCAAAAGAAGAGAAAACCGGACCUGCUGCAUCUCCAGACGCCUGGUCCACCAACAGGGAGAGCCAUAGACAUAUAUAGGGUAUAUGUCUGUAUAUGUCUAUAUAUGUCUACAUAUAUGUCUAUGGGGGGAGCACCCAUAACAUCACCUGUUAUGAAGACUUAGAAGAAAGACGGAGAUGAGGAGUGAGAGAGGAACAGAGAAGGGAAGGGAAGGGGAAGGCUAGUGAGGUGGACAUAGUGAAGCCUUAGACAUGGAUAUUCACAACGUCAUAUCACUGCACUAUAUAACAUACUUAUUCACUGCUAUUGAAAGUACUCAAAGUAUAAUUAACCUAGAUAGCUGCACCUCACUAUGGCCUUGAAUAUGUUUGUGGAUUGUUUGCCUGGCCGCUUGUUUGAGAGUUUAGUUUUACCCUUGCAGCAUUGGUGUGGUGUGUGCGAUAUAUGCAAAGUCUGGCUUUUUACCACUGUGCCACAGAGAACUGGUCUGAGGGCUCACACAAAGUGUAUGAGAGGAGAGUAGUUGCAUCCUAAUACUGUGGAAGCAGAGAUGCAUCAAGGCUUUAAACUAUAGUCAGACAGUAACUGAAGGGAACUGCCUUAACGUUUUCAGCUUUAUGGUGGAGCUUAGAUUGAAUUUCAGAGUGAAUUGCAUCUUUAGCUCUCAUGUUCUGACAAUGUAGACUCUGGGUCUAAGAAGCUAGUGUAUAGAGUAUUGAUCUCUAUUGAGCUUGUGCUCAUGUUCAGCUCAAGGUUGGCCUCAGCCUGCUUGAGGCGUGUCAUGCAGCCAACACAGACAUCUGGAAGCAGUCUGCAGGAGUGCUCAGCCUCCUAAAGGUUUAGUGUUAACGAAGCAUUAAGUAUCUAAAGCUAUUUAAUCACUUUAUCAUGUGUGCUAGCUUUCACCAUUAUCUUCUCUGAAGUUAGCACAGCCUCACCCAGCUGGUCCCAGUCUGCACCUUCAAAGUGUUAGCUUGCAGCCUGAUAGGGUCCUUCUCUGGCGCUGUUCUCAGGGGUGAAACAGGAGCUGCCUUCCACACAGCCCUUCAUACAUAAGAGCAAAUGUAGAUGUAUACAAAUCAACAGCUUGAAAAGAAACCAAAUAUUCUUAAAGUAAGAAGUAUUUUUUUAAUCUGCCAAAUUCUGAUUUUUAUGAAGUUUUAACAUUACUGUUGCAACAUUUCCCUCAGGAUAAAGAUAAGAAAGUAGAGGUAACUGCAGAUACUGUCUAAUCAGGUCACAGUUAAUCUUGCUUUGAUACACUCAAGACAAUCCUGGAGCAGGACAUAACAAAGGACAUUUCGUAAUGAAGGAUUGGCGUGGGUGUUGUAAAAAAUGCAAACCCACUUUUCAUCCGAAUGUAUUGAACUCCACUGUGCUUACUUGAAGUGUUUCCAAAUAAAUCUCAAAACCAUCACAUAUCCUGGAACACCUACACGUCUGCGUUAUCCAACUAUUCAGGUAUCCUGAGAGAUGUUGUGUGCAAUAGUUCUUUAGCUUGCACCUUUGACCCUGAAAAAGUUUAAAACGUGGGUGAAAAGUGUCACACUUUUGAGUAGAAACCAGGAACCAGUUCAAUUGAUUCAGGAAUGGUGAAAUCUAAAUUUCAAAAUGGGUUCGAGAUUUCUACCCAUGGAUUUUUUUUUAAUGUGGGAUGUUAUUUUAUUUGGCACAUAAUGUGAUGUUGUAGCCACCCAACAGUAAAGUUGUGGCUGAAAUACCUAUUCCUCCUCCUCUCGAGAGGCCAAUUCAAUGUCAAGCAGAAAGGGUUUGUCUACAGAUUCAUUGUGACAGAACUGCCCCCAUAACAUUGGUAAUGUUCAGCUUUGUCUUUUAUGUUUGUUUUUUGCUUGUUCUCCCUGACCUCCUUGGAGGUGUGUGUGUGUGUCACACUCAUAUCCAUCAAAACUGCCCUACUAGUAGCCAUCACAUGCAUCUAAACAGACACACCAGUAAGACUGUGGGUUACACACACACACACACACACACACACAGUCACGUGCACAGCAAAGCUUCAAUGUGUGCCUAAAAGCAUUGUCACAAACGAUUGCCAAAUAAACACUCGUACACCUG